CUGAGUCUGCUCGCCUCCACCGAUAGAAAGAAAAAAUAUGGUGAUUAAUUUGCAAUCACAAAAAAAGUCGUGAUAAUAGAGGCAAUUUUGCCUAAAUUUUAGUACUAGUGUUAUUGUAAAUUUGUAAUAGCUGAAAUUGGAGCAAUGGCCUUCCUUAAACGCGUCGUUUUGAACCGAAUUUUGUUAUUGUUCAUAAAUCGUAACUUCCCCAAAUGGAGCCCUAAUCCUUUAUCAGACUAAUAAAUUUCUGAACAACGCUAGUCCCGAUUGUGAUAGGCUAAUACUGUAACUUGGCGGUUCAAUUCAAUCAAGACUCACCAGAAAAUGUCGACGGUGUAUGUGUUGGAGCCCCCGACGAAAGGAAAGGUGAUUCUGACGACGUCGUAUGGCCCGCUGGACAUCGAACUCUGGCCAAAGGAGGCGCCCAAGGCCGUCCGCAACUUCGUUCAGCUGUGCCUCGAAGGCUACUACAACGACACCGUUUUCCACCGUGUCAUAAAGUCUUUCCUCGUCCAAGGAGGUGACCCAACUGGCACUGGAGAAGGUGGUGAGAGUAUAUAUGGCGGUGUUUUUCCUGAUGAAUUUCAUUCUCGUCUAAGAUUUAAGCACAGGGGUUUGGUUGCAUGUGCUGGUGCUAACACACCAAAUUCGAAUGGCAGCCAAUUCUUUAUGACCUUGGAUCGUUGUGAUUGGCUCGACAAGAAGCACACAAUAUUUGGAAAAGUAACUGGAGAUUCAGUAUUUAAUCUCUUACAAUUAGGUGAAGUGGAGACUGGUAAGGAUGAUAGACCAGUGGAACCGCUUCCAAAAAUACUUUCCGUAGAGGUGGUGUGGAAUCCAUUUGAUGACAUUGUCCCCAGGACAACCGCUGCAAAGCCCUUACCGCCAUCUGAGAAGAAAGAAACCAAGCAAAAGGUUACAAAGAAGUUGAACUUGCUUUCAUUUGGAGAGGAAGCUGAAGAAGAGGAGAAGGAAAUCAUAGCUGCCAAUACCAGAAUAAAAAGCAGUCAUGAUGUUUUGAAUGAUCCUCGCCUCCUCAAAGAAGUUCCUGAAAAUGAUUUGAACUCUGCCGAACGUCAAAAAGCAAAGGAUGCUCAGUUAAUCGUGAGAGAAGCUCUCAGUUCAAAGAAAGAUCAACCGAAGGAAUUAGGGCCUGGCUUUUCUGGAUCCAUUGAUAGCGAUGAAGAUGAGUCUAGCUUUGAUGCAAGAAUGCGACAGCAGAUACUUAGAAGAAGGAAGGAGCUGGGGGACAUACCAGCUAAGAAAGAUUUGCAUCAAGAGCGUAGGAGCUCACAAAACCAAUCAGCAUCUCCUCCCAGGUCACAGGCAGAUGACCAUGAUGAAAAGCCAAAAAAGGAUAAAUUAUCGAUCAAGAAGAAAGGAAUAGGAUCCGAAGUAAGGGCUGAACGCAUGGCCAAUGCAGACACUGAUUUGCAGUUGCUUGGGGAAGCUGAAAGGACGAGACAGCUGCAAAAACAGAAGAAACGCAGGCGUCAAGGACAUGAAGAUGAGGUACUAGCAAAACUCGAACGUUUUAAGUCAGCUUUCUCGACCAAAUUCGAAGGAUCGAAUAAUGGAAAUGCUGGUGGCGAGAAGAAGGAUGAUCACAAUAAUAAUGAUGAUGACGACGAUGUUGAUUUAUCAGACUGGAUGAAAGUUGAGCUAAAAUUUGCUCGUGAGCCUGGGAAGAAUAACAUGUCACGAAGUGACGACCCGAAUGACUAUGUAGUACAUGACCCACUCCUGGAAAAGGGAAAAGAGAAAUUCAACCGAAUGCAGGCCAAGGAAAAACGAAGGCAACGUGAAUGGGCCGGGAAAUCUAUUUCUUGAACGAUUUUCUCCUUCCUCCGGAAACAACAUUGAGUUUCCCUAUAGCUUUUACAAGACAUCGGCCGUAAUAGAAAACCUGCAACACAAUCUAAUGAAAGUCUAAUUUGAUAUUUUACAUAGUAUGUGGAUCAAGAAUGAAAAUCUUGUCUUUUCGGCUUUUCCAUUUCUUCUGUUUGAGUUUGAAGAUGCGGUCUCGCUUCACAAUGUCCCUUCCAUUUUUGUGUUGUAUAUGUACAUAUAUGUGCUAUCCAGGUAGACAGUUUAAGAUUUGUUCAUGGAUUUUUUUUUCCUUUUUUGGGGUAUACACCAUACAGCCUGGAGGUGUCACAUUAUUAGAAAGUCAUAUUCUGCUUCUUUUUAUAGGAAUCUUGACAUUUCACCAGUUUGUUAGACUUCCAGCAUUUGUUUAAUCAGUAUGGUGUUGGAUUUCGCUCUACACACGAGCAGUUUAGUCACCCGGUUUUUCACAGUUCAAACAAUGCACACGGGCGAAAAAUCGAGUGACUGUAGUCUGUACUGUAGUGUGUGGGGUUGAAUUUGCCCAAUAUGGCAUUGACAGAAAAUGGUUUAACAGUAGAAAUAGGCAGA